AUGUCCAUCUGUCAAAAUGGCGCUCCGCCUAUGAUGCUGCCGUGGAAAAAUGUUACAGUUAGCACAGACCAGUCGGCCAUCACGAGAGGCAUUCAAAUCUCCAUGGGCACCCCACCACAAAUAGUAUCACUCAGACCAAGCACAUCAGAUGAUGCAUUAUACGUGGUGAACAAAGCGCAAUGUGCCCCUGAAUACAACUCAACGUGUAUCGGCUCCUAUGGUGGUGUCUUUGACUUUAGCACGUCCAACACCUUCAGCCAAGUUUCCGAAGCACAAUGGAAUGGGACGAUCUCAUCAGCAUCAGAAGACUUGUCUUUCGUUCACUUCAACGAUGUACUGGGUUUUGGAAAUGCGACCGUGUAUGGAUUUCCAACUAUUUACGAUGAACCAGGAUAUGGUGGACAAGGUGUUUUGCCUUUGGGUUCCGAAUCUGAUUUCCUCAAGAUUGCUGUCGAGUCAGGCAUGAUUCCAUCAACCGUCUUCGGUUUAUGGACGGGAAGUCGGUCGACCAGCAACCCUGUCGAUGGGUCACUUGUCCUAGGUGGCUAUGACAAAACUCGAUACAAGGGAGAAUUCACGACAUUCGACUCGGAACCCAAGUGUGAAUUUUGUGUCAUCAUCACCGAUUUGAUGUACGAAACCGAAGACAAAUCCGUAUCCUUGUUCUCCAACGCUUCUCAAACUCUCCAAGUUGCCCUCCAGCCAUCAACCCGAGUCUUGUAUGUGCCACAAAAUGUCUGGGAGAAUUUCCGCGAUGCCUCUGGUGGUAUCUACGACGCUGGAUAUCUCAACUACUAUGCAGGAAACCCUCCCAAGGGCAACAUCAGCAUCACUCUCCAGAACGGCUACAAGACCACCAUUCCCUCUGAGGAACUGUUCUACUACCCCCGUGGGUAUGACGAUAACGGGAAAUACGACGUCAAGAACAAUACCUACCAGAUCGGUCUCUUCAUGAAUCAAACCAACGAUGGAUAUGUGAUGGAUUGGGGUGUUCCAUUCUUGACCAUGAACUAUAUCAUUGCCGACUACACACGCAAGCAAUUCAAGAUGGCAGAGGCAAUUCGAACAGAUUUCUCGAACCAAGGCGGUGGUUACGUUCUUACAGCCUCAUGCGACCCUACUACAGCAGCCACUGCGACCGCAACAGGUUCCAACGUGCCAGCAGCAACAUCCUCAGUCGCCCCUGCGACCGAAGUCAAAGCCGACCAUACAAAGGCCAUCAUCGGAGGUGUCGUAGGUGGAAUUCUGGGUCUGAUUGCGCUUGUCGGAGGUCUGGGAUUCCUCUUCUGGCGUCAUCGCAAGAGACAGCAACAUCAAGCUGUUCCAGGCAACGGCGAUAACAACUUCAAUCCCGCAUACGGUGCAGCCAAUCCUCAAACGCCUGCCAUGUCCCACGCCAACACCGUCACGGGACGAUACUCGCACUGGACAGCCAUGAGCCCAACCGAGCAUGGCACUUCUGAAUUGGGUGACACACAGAAAGUCGGGCCAAACGUGUCGGUGAACCAAUGGCUAUCGAGCCAGGAUAGCGAUGUAAGUCCCACGAGAAAUCUGAGAUGUUAUCAUGUGAAAGAAACUAACAAUUCUCCACAACAGACCCAAACAGUGACUUCCGAUCCAUUCUCUCCAAACAUGAACCGCAACACACAGUACACUGCUCCAUACACGCCGCAACCACCAGCAGCACCAAACAUGGAUCGUCCGUUCGAGAUGCCCGCCAACACCUGGGACACGAAGUAA